AUGCCAUGCAGAAGACUAUGGGAAAAUGUCUUGAGUCAUCUCACAGAUAAUGCUUUUGACAAACCAAUUUGUGAAGUUAUGCUGAAUCAGAAGUAUUUCAAUGGCAUUGGGAAUUAUCUGCGGGCUGAGAUCCUACACAGGCUACAGAUUCCCCCUUUUGUGCAAGCUCGCCCCAUUCUUGAAGCUUUGAAGCAUCCGCAUCAGGACAGUGAUGUCUCUCUCAGUAAGAAAAUAAAGAUUAAGAAGGAGAAUCCUGAUCUGCUGCAAUUAUGCAAUUUAGUGCCUUUGGAGGUCAUUAAACUAGGAGGAAAAGGUUAUGAUCCUGAGCAAUCAAAUGAUUACUCUGUCUUCGUGAAGUGGCUGCGUUGUUACUUUGUACCAGGAAUGAACUCUCUCCGAGACCAUAAUGGGCGGACAAUUUGGUUCCAGGGUGAUCCAGGACCUCUUGCACCAAAGGGGCAGAAAGCAAAGAAGAAAUUUCCAUCUAUAGGAACAAAGAGGAAGCCUGUGAAGGUAGAGAAAACAGAAGUAAAAAGGAGUGUAAAAAAGAUUCUUUUAAAGAAAGAGGACACAGAAAUAAAGCAUGAAGAGAAUGCUGUAAAGGUUACAGUUAAGAGGAGAGUGAAAAGGACUGGAGACAAAAUGGAGAAUGGGAAGAGAGGAAGGAAAACUUCUUCUGAUAGAAGUACUGCAUUAGAUACAGAUUCCCCGGCUCAGAAGGGGGGUAAUAAUACACCAGCAGUUAAAACCAGACCCCAAAGACACAAGUCUAGCACUACCCCCAUAAGUAUAGAUUCGCCAAAGCCAAAAAUGAGAGAGCUGCGGAAAAUUGCUGGACGUCAAAGGACCACAAAACGCAAGUCUUGAAAAAGAGUCAUCAACCCUGCGCUAUUCAAGCAGACAUCUGCAUCUUUCGCCUCU